CGCGUGACUGCAGAGGCCAGUCGAUGAGCGCGACUGCAGACAAUCUUGUUCCCCGUCCGCGAGGCGCGGAGCCCCGACUCCAUCGCCGGGAGCCCGGGACCCCUACGCCGCGCCGCUGCCACCAACAGCGACAGCCGAGAGGGCGAGCCGCCUGCCGCGGGGCCGCGACACGACCGGCAACCGGCCGAGGGGCGAAGCAACAGGCCAGCGUGGACGCCGAUCGUGCCAAGCGCCCAGUCCCGAUUCCGCCCUGUCUAACAGUACGAGACUCUAAGUCCGCCCUGGUGAGUGUGCUUCACUGCUUCUCCGGUUCUUCCCCUCGCACUGGUCCCGAUGGAAUCCGACGCCGAGGAGGCGGCGGCGGCGGCGGCGGUGGACCCAGGCGCUGGACGGCUGAAGGGGAGCCCGGAGCUGACUGUGGACGCGGACAUGCGGGAGGUGGCGAAGAGGGCCGCGUGGAGCGUCAGUUCCUUCAAGGACGGCAACGGCGUCGCAGCCCUGCGCGACGACAACCUCGACGCCUACUGGCAGUCUGAUGGGGCGGAGCCGCACCUGGUGAACAUCCGGUUCCAGAAGAAGGUGCAGCUGCAGCUUGUUGCUCUCUACGUGGAUUUCAAGCUCGACGAGAGCUACACGCCCAGCAAGAUCUCCAUCCGGGCCGGGGAUGGCUUCCACAACCUCAAGGAGAUUAAAACUGUGGAGCUUGCAAAGCCAGUUGGAUGGGUUCAUAUAUCAUUAUCCGGGGCUGAUCCACGCGAAACAUUCAUUCACACAUUUAUGCUCCAAAUUGCGGUUUUAUCCAAUCAUCUGAAUGGGAGGGAUACUCAUGUCCGACAGAUCAAGAUCUAUGGGCCAAGACCGAGCCCUGUCCCCCACCAGCCGUUCCAUUUCAUUUCCAGGGAGUUCAUCACGUACUCCACUAUUAGAUGACAGUGGGUGCGCAACCAGGAGAAGGAAACACUGAGGAUCAGUCGGCAGCUCAUGGCUCUGGAUGAUGGUGCGCAGUUAGGGAGUGUUUGGUUAAAAGAACCACUUCAUCGAAGAUGAGAUGGUGCAUCGUGAAUCUAUUGAUCAAAUUUGAUGAGAUAACCUCAUUGCUCGUAUUAAUACUAACUAACUAUGAGGUGGGGUGGUGAUGGAUCAACUCGUUUUAUUCCACAAACUAAAAAAAAUGAGAAGUGAGAAAAUGAUGGUCUAGCUUAUUUCUCAAACUAAACACCCUAUUAAUCUCUUUGCCUUACUCCGUACUGUCUGUCCGGUCUUGGGCCUGUAGUAGUGGUUAAGGAGGUAUAACAUAUUUUUGAACC